GCUUGUGGAUCAGUCUAACGCCGGUAAUUGUCAUGAGCGGGUGUUUCGCUGAGUGUUUUUGUGUAUAAAUAAACAUUACAAAAAUAGACAUCAAAAAUUAAUUAAUUCAUUAAAUAAUUCAGUUAAUUGGUCAAAAAUUCAUUCAUCAAUCAAUAAAUAAGAUACAUGCAAGUUACGUCAAUAAUUUUGUUGCAAACAUAACUCAAGUGACACUUACACCAAAACAAUUGUAUCAAUAAACAAUGAAUAUUAAUUAACUGUAUUGAUUUAUCCAUAAAAGGUAAACUUGAAAAUUCCAGGAGUCCAAGGAAAUUGUUCUAUAUUCGAGUCAAAUAUUCAACCGGAUAAAAAUGACUUAGAUGUCAAUCGUAAUGAAUUAAUUAAAAGAAAUGGCGUUGUGUAUGACAAGUUAAUGAUAGUGGAUAAGAAAUUUAAAAGAAGAAUGACAACGAGUGAAAUAAUACAUUAAUUAAUGAAUAAAUGUUUGAUUGAGAUUAAAAUUAAAUAAGAGUGGGUAACAGACAAGUUAUUCUUGUGUUAUUAUGUGCGAUGAAGCGUGCAGGUUGUUGAAAAUGCGACUGCAAUAAAACGGAUCCGAGGUCAUUGAGUAAAAGUGUUUUUGCUUCAAGCAAUAGAUUCAAUUAUUAUUUAUCGAUUCCACUCGGAAUUAAUCGAUGAUGCUGUAAGUUAAGACAAACUGUACUAACAAUUCUUGGAUAUUCUAUUCUUUUUGAUUUAUUCAAGUAUGUUUAUCAACUCCUAGAAUUGGCAAUAAUAAAUCAUAUUAAUAUCCAAGCACAUAAGACGAGAAACAGCCAAAUCCUUGGCGUUAUUUGCAGUUGUAAACACAGGGAACGUUGAUGGAGAGAAAAGAAUUUUGUUUUGAUUGCACGAUGGUGAAUGAUUAUAAUGUUAUGAAGAAAAAGAAGAUCGAUUAAUAUAAUGCGUGGAAUUGAGUGGUAUAAAAUUAUUUUGGUUAAAGUGUAGAGAGUGUGUUUAGAGUGCAUUUAGAUGGAAUAAAACAUCAAGAUGAUGAUGGCACCACAGGUCGUGGGUGUUUUAUUGAAGAAGCCUGGUCAACAAAAUCAUCCAUGUGCUCCAUUACCAUCUUUAGCUCCUCCAGACACUAAAAUACGAGGUGAGCUUUACGUGGAGGACUUAGGUGAAAGGAGAAUGGUAUCGAUCAGGAUGGGUUGGCUGUGGGUCGAGGGAACACCAAUGAGACUUGCACUAAGGGCACUGAACCUUCGCCAGGCAUCACCAGGAAUAUGUCAACCUCAUGCACUAGCACUAGGAUUUACUCUUAGUAAUUCUAAAGGCGAUCAUUUGGCAACAUUUUGGGCGGACACUGAGCCAAUUUACUGGUCAUGGGUCAGAGCAAUAGCAGCAGAGUUGGUUCGACAGACACCAUUUCGUGCCCAACGGUGUCUCAAUUUUCUUGAAAUACUUAUGAUCUGUCCACGAGGGCCACUUCCACUUCCUGAAAGUCCCUUGGACUCUAGAAGACGCUCUAGGAGUGAACUUCGAUGCUGGUUAGGUGAUUCAUCUUCAGAGAAAGAUAUCAUUUCUCCUACGAUUUUAGACGAUACAAGGAGACGAGCAAGAAGUGAACUACGUUGCUGGUCAAGCAGUAAUUCUAGUGAUGAAGAUAUUGUUGGUGAAUUUCGAUCAAUUCCUCAAAUUCUUCCAAAAAUGCAACCCAUAACACGAGCCUGGGGCUGUAGUGAAAGUAGCGAAGGAAGUGAUGAUAGCCUUCCUUGGGGUGGUAAUUCUUCCUUAUCGGCAAUAACACUACCAGAAGCUCCAACAAGAGAACAGAGAAUUCAAAGAUACAAAGAAGCACGAAGACGAGAGAAUGAAGCUAGGACUAAAAGAGUACUCGAAGAAGAUGCUAGAAGACGGAAAGCACGUGCUGAAGAAAACAACAAUGAUGUUUCCCGUUAUUCUAUAUUGAAAUUAAGAAGUAGGGCUUCCAGAGAGCAACAAGAUGAUACUUUUAAAAAUAAGUCAGUCGACUGUGUUGAUAGUGUUAGUUUAAGGCUGCCACCGAUUAAACCUGAGCCUCGUUUCCAGAGAAAUCUCGAAGACACCCGGAAUAAUAAUAAUUUAAGUAGAAAUUUAAGUAAUUAUCAUCAAGAAAAUUCAAAUAUUCUAGCGAAAAUCGAUUUAGGUGAACGUAGAAGUAGGACGAGAGAACGAAGGACUUUCAAGUUAGAUACUAAAAUCGACCGAGCACUUCAAGAUCGGUUAAAUCCAUCAGUAUCAAAAAUUCCGAUCUGUAGACAAACAAGAACUGCUUCGUCGCCCCAGAUUAGUGAUCAUGUGUCAACAAAAUUAAAAGAAUCUAAAGAAAAUUUAAAUACGAUGGAAAAAAAAUCUUCGACAACUGGUACAAAUGUUAUCUCGAUUUCUCUUGAUUCUCCUUGUGAAGAAGACGUUGCUAAAUUGCUGGAAAGGUGUCAGAGAGUCGAUCAUUAUGUUCCAGUAAGAGAGAAACUUACAUUAUUCGAGUCACUGUCGAGAUUGGGUGGAAGAUUGGCAAGAAGUACCGAAGAUCUUGGAAGAACAUCAUCUCAACCAAGUCCUAAGGGUAAACAAAGAGCAAGAUCUCUUCAUGACCUUAAUAGAGGUGUUAAAACUGUUCCAGUUCGUGAAAUGUGUAGGUUAUUUGAAGGAGAAAAAAAUGAAAUGAACAAUUAUAAUACAAACAAUCAUAACAAUUAUCAUAAUAAUCAGCAUCAUACUAGAGAGCAGUCGAGAAAUUUAGAUCCACCGUGUGUUAGAGCCUCUACAAGACGAAGACAAUAUCCAAAAUAACCAAAGAUAUAAAAAAAUAAAUUUUCCCAGUUUUGUGUUCAUUUUUUGUAUUUUUGUAAACUCUUUGUUUUACAUAAAAUUGUCUGUUUGCUACAUUGUUAUUGUUUGUCUGAUUAAAUUAUUAUUUUUAUCGUUAAUUUUCGGUUCAUUCAUAUAAGAGAGAUUCUAGAAUCACUGGAACGUAAGAUUAUUUCGUAACACUCGAGUGAAAUGAAAAGAGAAGGGGAAUAUGAUAGAGAAACCAGUCAUUUACAUUCUCCGGUACUUCUUUCUUCAGGGAAUGAGAUGUUGAACACCUGUACAAGUUGUUCUUUUUUUUAUUAGCUUAUUUGAAUUGUAAAAAUGAUUGAGAUAAAAUUAAAGGUGCUGCCAUGAAAAUAUUUGUACAAUGAGGCUUAAAUGUUAUGGUGCGCAUUUAUUGCUACUGUUAUGGUGUUUGAAAUUGAAUAUAAAUGUUAAUAAUAUUUAAUAAAAAACGAAAUAACGAUUCAACGUCUACCAUCGAAGUCUAUAAUCAUUUUUGCAUACUUCGUUUAUUCAUUCGUGUCUUUCUUGUAUUUUUCAAAAGUUAGUGAAUAGUUUUUUUUUGACUAAGAGUGGCAAAACCUAAAUAAAUCAAAUAAUAAAUAUAUAAAUGAUUGCAGAAUAAUUACAUGAGUUUAUAAAUAAGAAUAAAAAUGAAAAUGUAAAGAUAAAUCAUUAAAAUAAUAAUAAAGAAAAAAUUUACCAGCAAAACCCGUUAGGAUGAAGUUGAAGCAAGAUUGUGAAUCA